CCCAGUGAUCUCAGACUUCAUUUUUCUCAAAAACCCAGAAUUUCAAUCUCCAUGGAAUCUCAUUCCUCUUCUUCUUCAGCCUCUUCCACCACCACUUACUUGUCCCAAACCAUGCAACCAACAAAGGGUUUAAUUUCAAAUUCAAAUUCACUUCCUUAUCACCAAUCUUCACUUCACUCUGUUCGGAGGCCUUCUUCUAAGCCAUGGCGGAAGCCGGCGGUGGCUCCCCUGCCGCCGACCAAACCAAGAAUCUACAAAGUGGACCCCAUUAACUUCAAAGAGCUUGUGCAAAGCCUCACCAGCGGGCCGGGGUUUUUGGAGGCUCGAUCUCUGCAGAGCGUCGCACCGGCGCCGAUUGAUGUUCAGAGAAAUGCCUCUGUUCUGAACAAUGUUCUUUCUUCUUCUUCUUCCCCGGCAUCGAAAAUUAUUUCACCAUUUUCAGCCAUGUACAAGGACUUGGCUGAAACACUGGAAAUGAGUUCUACACCUCAUCAUCAGAAGGCGCAUGAUAGCAAUGUGGACCCUAGUCAUCUGAGACUGAACUUGCAGUCACCUUCUUCCCAUCAUUGGUUUUCUUUUCCUCUGCUCAGCCCAGGAACUAUGUCCAGUCUGGAACAGAGCACAGUGCUUUAGGACUAUUUCAAACCCUAGCUAGGCAUGAGCCUGUUAUAUAAAUAUGUCAGCCCAAUUUCUAUAAAUUGUGGCCUUUUUGUUUUAUUGUUUUUGUUUUAAGUUGUAAGUUUUAACCAUCCUGUUAUGUUGUAGGGAGUUUGAUAUAAAUGCGCA